CGGAUGACCAUUUGUAAAUUCAUUCGCUGGACGAAGACCUUCUCUGAACUUCCUCUACCCAAAAACAAGAAGAUAUAAAAACAAUUUCAAACUCUGCCUCCCCUCUCUUAUCUCCAUCAUCUUUCUUUAAACAAUUUUGAACAAUGUCUCUACCUACUCACUUCACUUUAAGCAACGGACUCAAACUUCCUUCCAUCGGUUUGGGAACAUGGCAAUCCCAACCUGGAGAAGUCCGUGCUGCCGUUGCACACGCUCUCAAGAGUGGUUAUCGUCACAUUGACUGUGCUCAUGCUUACGGUAACGAAACCGAAGUCGGUCAAGGUAUCAAAGAUAGCGGUAUUCCACGCAAGGACAUCUGGGUCACCAGCAAAUUGUUCGAAACCCAUCAUCGUCCCGAAUACGUUCGUAUGGCAUUGAAGAACACUUUGAAAGAAUUAGAUUUGGAAUAUUUGGACUUGUACUUGAUGCACUGGCCUUUGGCUUUCGAACCUGAAGUUAAAUCAGAUGGCUCUUUGCCUUCCCGUAACGGUGUCAAGGACGCUUCCGGAAAGACAAAGACUGAUGUUGCUAUGUCAAACAACCACGAGGCUACAUGGCGUGAAUUGGAAAAGUGCGUCGAUGAAGGUUUGGUCAAGUCAAUCGGUGUUUCCAACUUUAACAUUCGUCGUUUGCGUGAACUUUUGUCUUACGCUCGUAUCAAGCCAGUCACCGAUCAAGUUGAAUUGUCAAUGACAUGCCCUCAAGUUGAAUUGGUUUCUUGGUUGCAAAAGAACAACAUCGUUCCACAAGCAUACAGUCCUUUGGGAGGUGCAGGAGCAAAAGGAACAUCUUUGCAAGUUGUUGGAGAUUUGGCAAAGAAGCACGAUUGCACUCCUGCUAACGUCAUCUUGUCUUGGCUCGUUGGAAGAGGAUGCAACCCAUUGCCAAAAUCCGUCACUGAUAGCCGUAUCACGUCAAACCAAAAAUUGAUCAACCUCACAAAGGAAGACGUUGAUGCUUUGACCAAAUACUCUACCGAGAACCCAGUCGUUCGUGUUUGUGAUCAAACAGAGGAUGUUACACCUCGUUUCGAUAUCUUUGAAGAGAACCACCCAGAGCACAACGACAAGAAACAAGCAUUGCUCUGAUUGGUGUUUGUCUUGGAUAUGGUUUUCUCUCAACAAUCUGUAUGAUUAUCAAAACAUAAUUUGCAUUAUUGAAAAUGG